CUUAUUUGUUUGCUUUCAUAGGAGAAAGUUGUCUUCAUAGUCACACGUGUGGAAUACGUCAAUCUGUAUCAUACAAUGAGUUUAGACCAAGUGUACCAUAAUUCAGUAUCCAGAAUAGGGGUUUACAGAAAAAGUUCAAGGCAGAAGACGACGAGAUGAACAGAUCACAUUCUGAUUCGAACUGUGCCCAUCAGCCGGAAUAGUUAUCUACACAUCGCUAAACUUGUAUUGGUUCCAUAUGGUUAUGCAAGUCCCUUGUAUGUUGAGUCGAAUCCAACUGGAGAAAUAUUUGUCGACGAAUUCAGAAACUUUAUCCUUGAAAGCUACCAGUUAACUGACGAGGUGAGUAGAUGUCGAAGAACACCCCUGAACCAAUCAUCACAUCCUCACAUUCUUCUCAUCAGUCGACGUAAUUACAUUGCCCAUCCACGUAAUAUGAAAGGACAUGUCAGUCGAAAAAUCAGUAACGAAGAGAAGCUGUUGAGUGAAUUAAAACAAAUGGGUUUCCGAAAUUCAAUGCUUAUCGAUUUAGCUCAAUUACCCAUGUCUGAACAGAUCAAAUUAGUUAUGAAUACGGAUAUAUUAAUCGGAAUGUAUGGUGCUGCAUUGACACUGAGUUUAUUCCUUCCGAGUACUUCAUGUCUUGUUGAAUUAUUCCCCGGCUUUUGGUUUGGUUCUAAUAAACACUUUUCAAAGUUGGCUGAACUACGUGGGAUUCAAUACAUGACUUAUCAUGGUCUCCCUGAGAGUGAUGUGUCAUCUGAUUCGUCUUACAUUCCUGUAGAUCAAUUCAAGUUGAUUGUAUUGAAAGCGAGGAGAUUAUGGAGAAUGCAAAUGGAUAGGAGAACUGUGAAUUGUUAAAUUAUCAU